UGAACGUAACAAACCUAUUAGUGAAUUAGUCAUUUUUUUACCAUUUUUGACUAAAAAUUAAUCAGUAUUGUUGGUACAGUUACUAAUUAUCAUUUAAAUAAGCGAAUCGGUCAUUUUUCGUUAGUCGAAAGUGGAUAAUUGAGUAAUAUUCAGUAAAAUUCGAAUAUAAUAUAAAAGUGUGUCAGAAAAAAGUGACACUGACCGGGCAUUUUCUAUUUUGUUUUCAUCCGAGCGCAAUUUUAUGAUUGAAAACAAAGUUUUUACAAUGAAAAUUUAAAGUAAAAAAAAAUAAUUUUUCCCGAAAAUUUGUGUGCAUUUUUUAAAUUGAAAAUUAUCUUUAUUGAUGAAAAUUAAUAGUUUUUAAACGCUGACAGAAAUUAAUUAAUUUUAGUGCCUACCAACAUGUGCCUCCAAUGGAUAUAGUAUGAGAAACAGAAAUGGGUGCAUUAGUGGGAGAUGUGCAUAAAUUGCAAACUCUUACGAUUCACACCAGUGAUGUAAACAGCAUUGAUUUUGCCAGUGGUCAUAUUUUAGUCACUGCUUCCGGAGACAAAAAAGUACGAAUAUGGGAUUGGAAAAGUGGAACAGGUUACGUGGAGACUCCAUUUUCACCCCUUUUGGGUCACAAGUAUGGGGUGACUUGUGUAAAAAUCAGUCCUCAAUCUACAAUGGUAGCCUCGUCCAGUAUCGAUGGUACCACUCAAUUAUGGAACUUGAGAACUGGAGCCAAAAUUCAUACAAUGGUUCAAGUAGGCGGAGAAGCUGUAAGAGUUUGUAAAUUUUCACCAGACUCAUCGGUUCUAAUCACUGCCGGUGACAAUGGUCAACUUUGUGUUUGGGAUCUAGUUCGGCGAACUUUAAUACGAUGCUUUCAAAAGCACGAGGGAGCCAUUCAGGGAUCGAGUUUUAGUCCAGAUUCAUUAUGGUUAAUAACAUCCUGUACAUUUGGAGUUUUAAAUCUUUUUUCCACAAACGAAAUAAUUGAUUCCUGUCCAACGAGUAAUCGGGAAUUGAAUCUUUAUGCAACAGUGGACGAUGCUCAUGAUUUAGGUGUAGUUUGCUGUGAAUUCUCCAAUCGAGAAGAAAUAACAGGUAAUGAGCCUCUGUCGAAGCUCUAUCAAUUGGUAACGUGUGGCAAUGACCACAGUGUGAAAUUAUGGGAGGUGAGAGUCGCAGAAUCAAAAUGCAACACUGCUAAUUCAGUGGCUUCAAUAAAUCUUUGUAGAGUUUUAGAAAAACAUAGUAGUGCCUUAACUUGUGUACGAUUAAGCUCUAAUGGAAUGUACACUGCCAGUUGUGGCCUUGACAAAACAACGAUCAUUUGGGAAACAGACACCGGUAAAAUAGUUUCAGUGCUUAAAGGACAUAAUAGAUAUGUUGCUUGUUGCGCUUUUUCAAAAGAUGGUACUCUGCUAGCUACCGGAUCUAAUGACAAAUCCAUUAUAAUUUGGGAUUUGACCGGGAAUUUAACAGUUGAUUCCGAAAUUGGACAUGGUGCACGUCUCGUUCAGUACUCGGAAAACGACGAAUCGGAAUCAGAAGUCGUAAAACAUGCGGAAACUAGUUCAAACGAAGUGAAAGUGAUCUGCUGUAUAGACGAUAAUACUGGAUCAGUAAAUGGCGUGUCAGUAUUUAAAAAUAAUCUAAUCGCCUCUGGCUCUGGGGAUCGAAAUGUGAGAAUAUGGGACAUUGUUCAUGAGAAUGAGGACGACGAACAAGAAAUUACACUGCUCGAGAAGAGUUUCAGUCCAUUAAGGGGUCACAAGUACACGAUUCAUCAUCUUGAAUUCAGUCCCUGUGGAACAAUGUUAGCGUCCUCUUCUUUAGAUGGUACCACUAUUAUCUGGGACACUGAGGUGACGAAUGGAGAACAAGCGAGAGGAUCUUUUAUCAGUUCUGGAUCGGGAAUUCGAGUUUGUCGUUGGUCACCGGAUGGAAAAAUGAUCGCAACUGCUGGAGAUGAUGAGAAAACAACCCUGUGGGAUGUUGAUGCAAUGGAGGAAUUAAAAGUUUUUGGAGGACAAGCCGAAGCAGUGACUGCGGUGGCUUUUACACCGGACUCAAAAUAUUUAGUAACAGGAUGCAAUGAAGGAACCUGGGCAUUCUACGAUAUCGAGUGUGACGAUCCUGCGUCUGCUUUAUUAAUGUUUUGCAAGGAUGGACACGAUUUAGGUGUCCAAGGAUGUGAUAUUAGUCCAACUACAGGAAUUUUCACCGCUUCAGGGACAUUUACAACGAAUACGAACGGUGACAAUCUGUCGUAUCUUCUGGCAACAGGUGGAAACGAUUCAUACGUGAAAUUAUGGAGAAUCGAUAUUAUUAAUGAAAAUCAUGACGAACCGAGAGGCUCCAGUGAUUAUGGAUAUUCGUAUAAAUUGAGAAAACAAUUGGCGGGACAUGGAGGCAAUGUUAUGGACGUGAGAUUUUCUCUGAUUCAAGGAGAAAUUUUGGGAAGUGUUGCGACUGACAAGACUGCUCGACUUUGGAGUGUCUACACUGGAGUAUGUUUACACGUACUCGAAAAUCAUCGAGGACUUAUCACGUCUUGUGCAUUUUCUGAAGACUCAACGCUUUUUGUAACAGGCGGUUUAGAUAAAAGACUUUUAGUGUGGAAAUUGCCAGAACAAUUAGUAUCUCAGUCAAUGUUAAUAAACAGACUGAGAAAUAGUACAAAGAGGGUUACUGAAUGGUCUGUCAAUGAAAUAUCAAAAUGGUUGAUGGAAAUAGGAUUACCAAAUAUUAUUAAACAUAUACACAUGACAUCAAUUACUGGCAGGCAUUUAUUGCAUAUACCAGAAGAUGAAAUUAUACACAAACUGGGUAUUAAAGAAGACGAAGAGACAAUGGGAAAUCUCAAAAAACAAUUAUUCUGGCUGAAGCGUGAAAAUUCUAAUAAUGUUGGACCAAUUGAUGAGGCUGAUAUACCACAUGAAUUUUUCUGUCCAAUUACACACGAAAUAAUGAAGGAACCAGUUCAAUGUUCAGAUGGAUACACAUACGAGAGAGCAGCAAUAAAUGAAUGGUUCUUAUGCGGAAAGUUUACAAGUCCAAUGACUAAUGAGCCCCUGCAUGACAAAAGUUUUUCUCCAAAUAUAGAGUUAAGAAAUGCAAUUUAUACAUUGCUGCAUGGAGAAGGUCCCUAAUCGUUAAAAGUAUUAUAUAAAAAUAAUUUCUAACUUUUAUAAAAAAUUUAUUUUUCUUAUGGUCAUUAAUUCUCAAAUGAUUUUAGUAUAUAAAUUAGGUUUCUUCUAUUUUUCGUUAUUCAUUUUCUAUUUGAAAUGUUAAUAAUAUAGAUUGUUUAUAUCGUAUGAAAACAAAAAUGUUGUUUUAAGAGGACCAAGUAGACUGUUGUUUGUUAUAUAUUCAUAUUUAAUAUUUACGUAAAUGAAAGUGGCCUUAAAAUCAUUAAUAAUAGUAAAAAAAAUAGCUACAAGCAAUUUAGAAUCUAAAAGAAAAUUUUGUUUAAAAUCAACUUUUCCAUUUAGAAUAUAAAAAUUCUUGUAAUAAGUACUCAAAUUUUACUGAAAGUACAUUUUUUUUAAAAAACAGUUCACUAUUAAGAUUAACUAAAUCAAAUAUAUCAAUAAAUGCAGUUAAAAGUUAGAUACAUUCAUUCUCACGUUGAUGAAUUUUACAACGUUUAUAUAAUCAACGAUUUAGAAUAAAAAGUAUUUUAAUUCAAAUCUUUACCUUAAAAAUUU